GACACCUUGUAUGUACAUACAGUGGUGGUAUUUUCAAAUCGUGGACAUUUCUCACAAGUCACACGUCUAUGGACAGAUGUUCUUUUCACGGAGUCACGUGGGUAUACUGUUUCUGUGGUAAGUAGACAGUUUAAAAGUUUUUAGGUUAUUGGCAAUUGUACUUUGUUCUUUUUUUAACACUUAAUUUUUUCCUUCCCUAAUCCCCUUAAGUAUUAUAAUGACUUCCUUGUGGACGAAACUACCCAGAACUAUUUUUAAGGUACCUGUGCGAUACUUAAACCUUUUAGAAUAUCAAAGCAAACACUUAUUGAAGCAGAGUGGCGUGGCGAUUCAAGAUUUUUGUAUAAUAGAUACAGAGGGAAACAAUGGCCUUAAUGCGUUCAAUGCGGAGGAGUAUGUAAUAAAAGCUCAAAUACUUGCGGGAGGUCGUGGAAAAGGGAGUUUCGAUAAUGGCUUCAAAGGUGGUGUCCACAUUACAAAAAACCGAGGUGAGAUCGAAAAUAUCGUUAAUAAAAUGUUAGGUCACAGAUUAAUAACGAAACAAACUCCGAAGGAUGGUAUUGCCGUAACAAAGGUGAUGAUCGCAAAUAGUGUCAACAUAGUACGUGAAACGUAUCUUUCUAUUAUUAUGGACCGGCAAAAAAAUGGUCCUGUGGUGAUCGCAUCACCAGCUGGUGGGGUCGACAUAGAAACUGUGGCAGAACAGACACCACAUUUAAUCAAAACAGUUCCGGUUGAUAUUGUGGAAGGAAUAACUGAUGCGAAAGCGGCAGAUAUAGCGGACUUUUUAGAGUUUAAAGGCAAUUUCCGAGAUAAAGCGAUUGAGGAAAUAAAAAAAUUGUGGAAAUUAUUUUUAGUCGUCGAUGCCACACAACUAGAAAUAAAUCCUUUCGCGGAAACUGACAGGGCAGUUAUAGCGGUCGAUGCAAAAUUAAACUUCGAUGAUAACGCAAAGUUUAGACAGGAAAGGGUUUUCACAAUGGGUGACCUUUCAGAAGAGGAUCCACGAGAAGUGGAAGCUUCCAAAUAUAAUCUUAACUACAUUGGCAUGCAUGGAAAUAUAGGUUGUUUGGUAAAUGGCGCUGGUCUGGCUAUGGCAACAAUGGACAUAAUAAAACUUAACGGUGGUGAACCUGCCAACUUUCUCGACGUCGGAGGAGGAGUGAACGAAAAGCAAGUUUCCGCCGCAUUUCAAAUUUUAACAAAAGAUAAAAAUGUUCGUGCAAUUUUGGUGAAUGUCUUUGGCGGUAUAGUCAAUUGCGCCACUAUCGCCAAUGGAAUCGUUCAGUCCUGCAAAUCGAGUAAACUUACAAUUCCACUUAUUGUCCGGUUGGAAGGUACAAACGUGAAUGAAGCGAGAAAAAUAAUCAAUAAUUCCGGAUUACCGAUUCAGACUGCUUCCAAUCUUGAUGAUGCUGCUAUGAAGGCUGUUAAUAGCAUUAGUUGACCAUUGUAAUUUGUUUAACGUAUAGAAAAUUUUGUAUUUUUAUUUUUUUUGCAAAAAUGUUGUUUAUAAAUAAAUAUUUUGUUGGCAAGAAAUGUUGCCGGAUGUACAA